AUGUUGUCUAAGAAGCAGCACCUUGUCUAUGCCAUUGUUGGGGCACUGGUUGUCCUCUCCACCAUUGCCCUUGUUCUCAGCCUGGUGCAGAUUGAAGAUGUCACUCUGCCACCCACAGUCAAGUAUGGGAUGGUGUUUGAUGCAGGCUCGUCCCACACCUCUCUGUUCGUCUAUGAGUGGGAUUCAGACAAGGAGAACGACACCGGUGUGGUCAGCCAGACCUUGUCCUGUGAUGUCCAGGGCCACGGCAUAUCGAGCUAUGCCAACGACCCCCUUAAAGCUGGCGAUUCGCUAAGGGAGUGCCUGGAUAAAGCCCUGAAGGUUGUUCCUGCUGCAAAACAGAGGGAUGUCCCAGCUUAUCUCGGAGCAACUGCAGGCAUGAGGCUGCUGAGGGAACAGAAUGGCUCAGCAGCAGAUCAAAUCCUGACUGAAGUCGCAAAGACCAUGCAAGAGUACCCCGUGGCUUUCAAAGGGGCUCGAAUCCUUACAGGAGAGGAGGAGGGGGCUUAUGGCUGGAUCACCAUCAACUACCUGCUGGAGUCCUUCACUAAGUAUUCCCCCAAAGCACACACGUGGCUUCGUCCAGAGGCAGCCAACAUUUUUGGGGCACUGGAUCUUGGAGGAGCAUCCACUCAAAUUAGCUUUAUGCCUGAAGGUUCAGAGAUAAACUGGAAUGAAACCUCCAAACUGACCCUGUAUGGGUAUAACUACAGCAUCUACACACAGAGCUACCUCUGCUACGGGCAGAACGAGAUGCUGAAGCGACUGGCCAAGGAAUUAAUUGCGGAGUCAUCCUCCAGCAUGCGAGUUGCUCACCCUUGCUACCCAAAAGGCUACAAUGAAACCAUCUCGCUGUCUUCCUUCUGCACCAGCCCCUGCACCAACCGCAGCGACCCACGGCUGACCCUCAGCGACAGGAACGUCACCCUGGAGGGCAGGGGCAAUGCCAGCCAGUGCCUGGCUGCUGUCAAGAAGCUCUUCAACUUCUCAGCGUGUGGCCAGAGGCAGGACUGCAGCUUCGACGGCUUCUACCAGCCCCCCCUCAGAGGACAGUUCACUGCCUUCUCUGCCUUUUACUAUAACUUCAAUUUCCUCAACCUGACCGAGGGGCAGUCGCUGGCCACUGUCAGAGAGACCAUCGAGCAUUUCUGCACGAGAAGCUGGGAAGAUCUGUCUUCUAGCUACCCUGAAGAGAAUCCUGAGCGCCUGCCUAAAUACUGCGCCAACGCCAAUUACAUCCUCACACUCCUCCUCGACGCCUACAAGUUCAAUGAGACCAGCUGGAACAACAUCUACUUCCAGAUGAAGACGGGCAGUGCCGAUGCCGGCUGGACACUGGGGUACAUGCUGAACCUCACCAACAUGAUCCCAGCAGAGGCUCCAGCGCACUUCAAGGGGCAUGUUCCUUCCCUGUGGGUUGCAGCCAUUGCCUUCAUCAUCCUCACCUUUGCCUUGGGGUUUGUGGCCCUGCUCCUGCUCCUGUGGAUGUAG